GGUCUGUGCGCUCAUUCCGAGGAGAGGGGGCUGCGCGCGGACGGAGGGGAGAUUUACAGCCGGGGUCUGUAGCGCUUGUUUUGUUUUUCUUUACAUUCCCGGUUUUUUCCCACCGUUUUGGAGCCACUAUGGAGGAGAUGGAGGAAGAGCUGAAGUGUCCGGUGUGCGGCUCGUUUUUCCGCGAGCCCAUCAUCCUGCCCUGCUCGCACAAUAUCUGCUUGGCGUGCGCGCGGAACAUCCUGGUGCAGACGCCGGACGCAGACUCGCCACAGAGCGCGCGCGCCUCCGGCUCCGCCGCGUCCGACUACGACUACCUGGACCUGGACAAGAUGAGCCUGUACAGCGAGGCGGACAGCGGCUACGGCUCUUACGGUGGCUUCGCGAGCGCGCCCACCACGCCGUGCCCCAAGUCCCCGAACGGGGUGCGCGUCUUUCCGCCGGCCCCACCGCCCCCCCAGCAGUCCCAGCAGCAGCACCUGCUGCCCCCGCCGACCGCGUCCGGCGCGCCCCCUCCACCUCCCCACCCUCACCCUCAUCCCACCGCCAUGAUGAUGAUGAUGAUCCCCCGAAACGCCUGCCUCACCUGCCCGCAGUGCCACCGCAGCCUGACGCUGGACGACCGCGGCCUGCGCGGCUUCCCCAAGAACCGCGUGCUGGAGGCGGUGGUGGAGCGCUACCAGCAGAGCAAGGCGGCGGCGCUGCGCUGCCAGCUGUGCGAGAAGACCCCGCGCGAGGCCACCGUGCUGUGCGAGCAGUGCGACGUCUUCUACUGCGACGCGUGCCGAGUGCGCUGCCACCCGCCCCGCGGCCCGCUCGCCAAGCACCGGCUCGUGCCACCCGCGCAGGGGCGCAUCAGCCGCCGCGCGAGCCCGCGCAAGACCUCCACAUGCACGGAGCACGAGCUGGAGAACCUCAGCAUGUACUGUGUGCAGUGCAAGAUGCCCGUGUGCUACCAGUGCCUGGAGGAGGGGAGGCACUCCGCGCACGAGGUCAAAGCGCUCGGGGCGAUGUGGAAACUGCACAAGGGCCAGCUCUCUCAGGCACUCAACGUUUUGUCUGAUCGAGCCACAGAGGCCAAAGAGUUCCUUGUUCAGCUCAGAAACAUGGUGCAACACAUACAGGAGAAUGGUGUUGAAUUUGAAGCAUGCUUGGUGGCUCAGUGUGAUGCACUGAUUGAAGCUCUGAACCGCAGAAAAGCUCAGCUACUCACCAGAGUCAACAAAGAACACGAGCACAAACUCAAGGUGGUGCGUGAUCAGAUCUCUCACUGUACGGUGAAGUUGAGGCAGACGACAGGUCUGAUGGAGUACUGCCUGGAGGUCAUCAAAGAGAACGACCCCAGCGGAUUUCUGCAGAUCUCUGAUGCACUGAUUCGUAGAGUUCAUAUGACAGAGGGCCAGUGGGGUAAGGGCACUCUCACGCCCCGCAUGACCAGCGACUUUGACCUGACCCUGGACAGCGGCCCACUGCUACAGACCAUCCAGCAGCUUGACUUCGUUCAGAUGAAGGUUCCUGCAGCUCCAAUCUUGCAGCUGGAGGAGUGCUGUAGUCAGACCAACAGUGCCACCCUGUCCUGGAAGCAGCCUCCACUCUCCACCAUCGCAGUGGACGGCUACAUACUGGAGCUUGACGACGGGAAUGGAGGACAGUUCAGAGAAGUGUAUGUUGGCAUAGAGACGAUCUGCACGGUGGAUGGACUUCACUUCAACAGCACAUAUAAAUCCCGCGUUAAAGCCUUUAACUCCAGUGGCGUGGGGCAGUACAGCAAGACCCUGGUCAUGCAGACGUCUGAGACCGGACUCCCCCCAUGUGAUAUUAAAUCUCUAGUUACAGUUGCCUGGUUCACCUUUGACCCUGCGUCGGCCCACCCCGACAUCAUACUGUCUAACGAUAACCUGACCGUCACAUGUAACAGCUAUGACGACCGUGUCGUCAUGGGCAACACAGCCUUCUCCCGUGGUGUGCACUACUGGGAGAUAACCAUUGAUCGCUACGACAACCACCCGGAUCCUGCGUUUGGCAUCGCCCGGGGGGACGUGCUGAAGGAUGUGAUGCUGGGCAAGGACGACAAAGCCUGGGCCAUGUACGUGGACAACAACCGCUCCUGGUUCAUGCACAACAACUCCCACACCAACCGAACGGAUGGAGGGAUAGGUAAAGGAGCGACAGUGGGUGUUCUGUUGGAUUUCUCGCGGGGGAUUCUCUUAUUCCUCAUCAAUGAUGAGCAGCAGGGUCCUGUGGCCUUUGACUCUCUGGAGGGCCUUUACUACCCUGCCAUCAGCCUCAACCGCAAUGUUCAGGUGACUCUUCACACUGGACUGCCCAUUCCAGACUUCUACACUCCAGGAGAGUCAGAUCCUUCAGGCUCUGUCUGCUGAAGACAAACACAAUCACAUACUCAGUGCACAUACACACAUACCCAUACACACACACACACUUCGACCUUCUGUGUGAAUGCAUAAGAAAAUCUGCACAGUAAAAAGUAAGAAUUUCAGCAGCCAUCAAAGGUACUGGAUUGGUUGAGAAGUGAAGCUGUUUUAUGGAGCUGAGUUGCUAGGCCAGAUUUUACAUGGAGCCUUUUUCCUUUAAACCUGCUCUCUCUCAUCAUGGCCAACAGAGGGAGACGUGGAGUACAGACACAGAGUAAAACUGCACCUGCUUUAAUGAGCACAGAGAGAGGGGGAAAGAGAGUGACAGAGGCUAAAAAAGAAAAAGGAAGGCCCUACUGGCUUCCUCCGAUGAUCUAGCCAUGUAGACGUUUCAGAAAGCCUCUCCUUUUAGACACAGAGAAUACAGAUGUUACCAGUCUAAUGUUAUUCUGGGAAGCAGCUAUGAGGUUAGACAAGAAAGAGAGGAAAAAGUGGUGCAUUCUUUUGGUGUAUGCUGCCUUAUUGUAAUUUAUAUAAAGUCACAGGCAGUUCAGUGAUGAUACUUAAAUCAUCUGUAAAGAAUCACUGGCCAUGCUGUUAUUCACCUGAAGUGUGGUAAUUGACCUGUGCUGUGCUGGGGUGUUUUUAUACCAAUUAAAGCCCACCUACUGUGCCACCUGUGUACCACAAGUGCAGCCAAAGAUACACCUCAGUAAUGAAUGUACCUCCGUCCUUCUCUCUCUUUCUUCUCUCUCCUCCUCUGCCCUGAUGACCAAUCACAAAAUGUUAUUUUACACAGACUAUUAUUAUUAUUAUUACUAUUAUUAUUAUUAUUAUUAUUAUUAUUAUUAUUAUUAUUAUUAUUAUUAUUAUUAUUGCAGCAGUCUUGUCGGUGCUAAAGCAUAUAUACGUGCGGCUCUGUUCCUGAAAGCAAUAGAGUCCAAUCAGAUUUUGUACUUUUCCUCAUGAUCAGACAUUCUGUGCAGACAUCAAUAUGUAUAGAGAUAUAUGUCUGUAGAUAUAUCUAUAUCCGUAGAGAGUACAGAAUUAUGAUAUCCAUAUAAAGCUCUAUCAUUUUUCCUAUGUUGAUAAAGUUUAUUAUGAUGUGAAUGAGAUAUUGACGCAUGUUCUUCUGACAGAAAUGUCUGUAUGGGCUUUUUCUGGGCUUUAUUUUUUGGGAAAAAGUUGGGAAAUUUGAGGACAUAUGGCCCUCAUGAAGAACAAGCUCACACACUACACACACCUAAACAGUACACUUCAUACAGUUUACUAUAACAAUGUACUACAUACAGUUCAUUUAAAGAGUAAAACUGAAUUAUUUAUUGGAGUUUUAUAAAUCAACAGACAUAAUUUACAGAAUAAACUGUAAUGCCUUUCGUCCCCCCAUGCAUACACUAUUACACACUGUCAGGGAGAAUUAUUUUCACCACGGUUAAUGAGGACAGUGUUUGUGCUUUUGUAAUAAAAGACACUGGGCUUACACACACACACACAAAAAGAGACACACUGCAUGCACACUCAGCCCUCGCAUACACAACAGUCUCCUGCUGGCCAAUACGCUUCAACAAAAAACAACAACAGAAGCAUUCAUUCUCUCUCUCUCUCACACACACACACACACACACAAUACAAAUACACAGAAACCCCAUCAGCCUUAUAUAACUCAUCAAUGAGUGUGCAGACGCAAGAGGAAAAAAUAUGCCAUACUUCUCUCUCUGUCUCCGCCCCACAUUUGUUACUGCCUCAGAGCUGUACAGGCAUAUUGCUAAACUUUAAUGAAACACUGGUGCUGCUUCUGUUUAUAUGUCUGAACAUUACAGUAGAAUAUAUAGAGAUAUAUAUUUGUGUUUAUUCACUGCAAUAUGUAACAGCACAGCUGUAAAUCCAAAAAAGAAGAUUCAUGAACUGGCAAUAUGUCCUGUGUUCUGGAAGUGUGAGAAGACGUGGAUGUGGGCUGUGGGCUGUUUCUGGCUGCUAUGCUCUGGUGCAAUGAGACAUAGACCUACUGUCUCCUUUUACAUAGACCGUUGUGUAGCCUGCUUAAGAUAAAAUACCCCUGACCCCACUGACGAACUCUCUGACCCCGAGGCCUUUCCUCAGCCUGGUGAAGAGACUGACUGGACGAGAGCAGAGGGAGGGGGGAGUACAAGUUCUACACUGAACAAAAUAUAGUGCUUUGAAUUUUCUUGAAUCAUAUGUGUACAACCAUUGCAUAUUACAUGAACUCGUCUGUCUGUUUCUUUUUAAGUUCAGUUUCAGUUUAUUUAACUUUGCAGUAAUUGUGUUGCUGUACUGUAAUAUGCUUUAUUUUUUCAGAGCUGAUGUACAUAUUUAAGUCAUAAAAAAUCAAGGCACUCUGUUUUUUUAAGUGUAUGACUGUAGAAAAAAGGGAUUCUUUAUUUUCUUUAUCAGAAAUGAACCCCUAAUGUGAAUAAGAAUUGUAUUAUUAUUAUUAUUAUUAUUAUUAUUAUUAUUAUUAUUAUUAUUAUUAUGGAUGUUACUCGCCUAUCAUGUACCUGGCGCUUUGUGCUCUCUGUAACCGUACAGUAUAUUCAAUAAACUUAUUGAGUGGAUUAUAUCCAUCUGUUCUUUCCAUUAGAAA